ACAUCCGUCCAAAUUUGGUUCCUGUAUGAAUCAUACUUUCAGCAGAUUUUUCUUAACCAUUACAGCAUGACGUGGAAUUUUAUAGUGUGCCCACACCUCAGACUCAUGAUUGGGUUCUUCUGAUGCAAGUGACGUAAUUACGUUUACAGUCAGCUGAUUGCACUUUUCAGCUUUGCUCAUCAAAGUAGACUUUAUCAGAUAUGUUGGCUUCAUCAAAGAUCGGUCUAAUAGCGGCCAACUAAAGUGUGAAAUUGUGUUAGGUGACUUCUAUGGCGUAGAAACGUUUCUGGUUUGUCCAAUUUUGCGUUCCUGCUCUCUCAAAGCGGCUACUGAAAGCUAAAGACGGCUCCUCGUGGCAAGUAGGAGUUAAAAAUAAAAAAAUGUUUCAGCAGGAUUCCUCACUCCAUGAACGGCUGCUUUCCGGUUACAAUGUUGACUUUGUGUCUUUUUGUUGUGAGUAUCGAGCGGACUGAGUAACCCAAUCCUCCGUGCGGAGGAAGAAGAAUAACACCCUCGAUAAUCAACAAAGAAUCUUGAACGGCAGGUCUUCUUUUGUUCAGGCCUUCACUUUCACGCCUCUCGUUCUCCUUCUGCAACGCAUUCGUGAAGCCGAUCGCUUCCUGGUAUCAUCUCGGCGAGCUCUCCGAGGCGCCGCAUCACCGCCGCCAUGCCUUCCAUGGGCAUGCAGAUGGCCGGCUGCACCUUGGCCCUCCUGGGCUGGAUCGGGGUUCUGAUCGCCUGCGGCUCGCCCAUGUGGCGCGUCACCGCCUUCAUCGGCAGCAGCAUCGUCACGUCGCAGACCAUGUGGGAGGGUCUGUGGAUGAGCUGCGUGGUUCAGAGCACGGGUCAGAUGCAGUGCAAGGUCUACGAUUCCAUGCUGGCCCUGAGCCAGGACCUCCAGGCCGCGCGGGCCCUGGUGGUGGUCUCCAUCAUCGUGGGGCUCGCCGGUGUUCUGUUGGCCUUCGCUAGCGGCAAGUGUACCAGCUUCAUCCCGGACAAAAGAGCCAAAGCCAGGGCGUCGGUGGCCGGCGGGGUUCUCCUGAUCAUUGCCGGGUUCCUCUGCAUCAUCCCCGUGUCCUGGACCGCCAGCAUCAUCAUCAGGAACUUCUACAACCCGACGGUGGUGGACGCCCAGAAGAGGGAGCUGGGGUCUUCUCUCUACAUCGGCUGGGAAGAGCUCGGCAUCGUUCUGGCCACGCUGGGCUUGGCUGGCACCAUGCUAAUCUGCGGCCUUCCCAUGUGGAAGGUGACGGCCUUCAUCGGGACUCGCCUGGUGGUCAUGCAGGUGUUCUGGGAGGGUCUUUGGAUGACGUGCGUCAGUGAGUACACAGGUCAGAUGCAGUGCAAGCUCUACGAUGCCCUUUUGGAUUUGUCUCCGGAGCUGCAGGCGGCUCGCGGCCUGGUCUGCAUCAGCCUGGUCCUGGGGUGCCUCGGUUUUCUGGUCUUCCUCCUGGGCGCCCGCUGCACCAAGUGCCUGAACCACCCACGCGUCAAGACCCGGGUGGUGUUGGGUUCGGGCCUCGUCUUCGGCCUGGCGGGCUUGUCCGGCGCCGUGGCCGUGUCCUGGACGGCCAACAAUGUGAUCAGAGACUUCUAUAACCCGCGCGUCCCCGACGUACUCAAACGGGAACUCGGGGCGGCCAUUUAUAUCGGCUUUGUCGCCUCGGGAUUGCUACUCUGCGGCGGGGGCAUCUUAUGUGCAAGUCGGCCACCACCGAGGCUACGUCCUGAUGGCUACACCCCGGCCAGAACGAACACAAACAGCAGCUACGCCAUCAAGAACUAUGUCUAGGUUAGCAACAUUGACAUGGCAACACACAAAGGCUGAAAUCUGAUUGGACCAAAAAAAAUGAAAAUGAACAAAUGCUACAAAUUGAUUGUCAUACUGUGAAAUGUUUGAUAUAAUAUUUUUUUUUGGUCUCCAUCACAAAAG